AUGGGGAAGAGUACCAGCGAUAGACACCGUGUCCUGUUUCUUAUCCCUGUCCUUCCAGCGGGUCUGGCCGCUUCGCUUGCACACCUGAGCCUCCCUGAGGGACAAGCCACAUCAGACCAGAGCCUUGUUAACUCUCGGGAUCAUUGCCAUGGUAUCUCCGCACCGGGCUUGGUCAUCAGCUCUAAGGGGUCCAACCGCUCGGUUGCUGCUUAUCAUCGCCUCUCUAGUACAAGGAGGGGUAUCUCAGGUAACGACGAGCGCAACGUGCCAGUCGUCCACAUAUUGGAUUGGAACGUUGUUUCUGUCAACGCUACCACUAAUGACGUUUAUCCUGGACCUGAGACAUCGCAGGACGCCACUGUAAACUUGUGGAUAUUGCCAGGGAGCAUCGUAUUUAUCGUGGCUAGAGUGGAGCCAGGAGUGUUCUUCCACGCAGAAGCAAACAUUCAAACCUUUUUUUUCCACGUUAGCUUUCCGUACGAAAUACCUUCCAACACUGCUGUCCCUCAGUGGGCCUUCCUCGAUGUUACUACAACUGGAAGCUGGAACCCGUCCACCGCUCAGUCUAUAGGUGACUUGCCGGAGAAUAGCGUAGCUCCGUCUACUACGUCCACGGCGUCCUCAAGCGCAACUCAGACGUCAGGCAGUUCAGCCUCGUCGGCUCACAAUAAUUCAAGUUUGAGCUCAGGAGUCAUCGCAGGCAUCGUUGUUGGAGUUGUCACCGUCUUGGUCCUCGUCGCGGCGGGUCUGCUUCUUUGUAGACGGCACCGACGCUCGCGACACCGCGAUGCUCAGCGAAGCAUCGACUUGCCCCCAAAAGAUUCAGGAGGUAAUGGAGAUAUGACACAGACCACGGCACCUAUGUAUCCAGCAGGAAAUAUCGUCGAAGCUCAAUCGUGGCCUCCGAAAUAUUAUGUACGGCGUUUUAGAUUUGAUUUGGCGUUAGCGACAUUGGCUGACAAGGCGCUCUGUCAGAAUCCUGACGAUCCAAGCACUCACCCGCCACCCUUUCCUUCGCUCGGUCAUCCGGAUGGCGGUCCGUCUGCGGUAGUCAUAGGGAGUUUGCCGCGCGGGAGAGGGAAGGGGGUCAGCAACUCGUCAAGCGGCGGUAGUAGUGAGCCAGCCGGUACAGCUGUCAUUGAGAGCGAGAAGUAUUCACAAUAG